AUGUCGAGAAGGAAACGUCCAUUGGUUGGUUUCAGUGAUCAGGUUAAUUUUUCCGAAAAAAAAAUGUAGAUUGAAACAUAAAACCCGAAAAAAUUCUUUUUUUUUUUGGAUUGCUGUAGCCGAGAGAGUAUGCAUUCACUCUCUGCGUCUUUGACACGGAAAUUUACGCCAGUUUUUCGAAAACGUGCAGUCUUCUUUCAGAAAAAGCAGAUCAAUAUCAAACCUUUUAGGAUGAAGAGACGAACCCGAUGAUGAAACCCUGCGCUCCAAAAUAUGCCAUUUUACGCUUAAAAAGCGACGAGGAUUGUCUCCAAAUGUUUCAAUUUGCGGUCAGUUUUUUCAACUUUUUUUUUUGAAAUGUAUCUUCGAACUGGAUCGAAUUCGAAGGAAAAGUGUUUUGAUCGCAGAAAUUGUCCCACUUUUCUUCACAACCGCGAAGCAAAGAAAAAAACCCAUUAAUUUCGCGGCCCGAGGUUUUUGCGUUGAAAAGUGCAAUUCGACCCCCAGAAAUGGCCUUGACAAGAAGUUUUUGCGAGAAAAUCUUUUCUUCCGUUUGAAAAAAAAAAGAUUGUCUAACGGGUUUUAGGAAGAACUUUUUUAGUGAUGAAUCGUUUGUUAAGAGAGAAGUUAAGAAAUUUUUGAGUUUUUUUGGUUUAUAAUACGACUUGAAAUUUCAGAGGGAUUCCUGUUUAAAAACACUUUUUCUACUGAAUUUAUUCUGUUGAUAUAUUGCAAAUCCAAAUCGGUUUUUUGUAAUAAUUUAUGUCAAGGAAUGUUUAUGAUUUUAAUUUUGAGAAAAUCAACUGAAAAUUCAUAAGAAGAGCCAUAUCUUGUAGCAAAUGUCGAAGAAAAAACCUUGAAAAUAUUUUUCCUCGACUUUCUUUGUUUGAAAAAUUUGAUCUCUACGAUCUGAUUGAGGAUAAAGGGUGCACUUGGAAUGGCUUGACGUGCAUAGCGGUGGCUUCAGAAACGCGUCCGACCAGAAACGGCUUGCGCUCGGAGGCGUCACAAAGUGUUAGGAAAGAAGCUAAACAAAAAGAUCCAGCCGCAACGCGACCGCAACGCUUCAAGCCAUUCCGAAAGCGACCAAGCAAUUUUCCUAGUCGGAAACCUUCUUUACGAUUGAGAUCUCAACAGUUUUGACCUCACAACUGCCGCCUUGUACUUUUUUCUUCGGAAGAUCUUAUCUUCUCUCUUUUUUUCGAAAGACAAAAAAACUUCCCGCAACAGCCUUUUUUUUGGUGCCCAUUUACGGUCCACUUUUCCGAGAGGAAAAAGGUCGAAAAGUUGGGUAAACAGUUCCUUUUUGAAGUAGGCCGCGCAGUCUUGUUUUCUUUUUCCCGUGAGUGUUUUGGACUUUUAUUUUACGAUUUUAUAAGAUUUAUUGGAACAGAGAGAAACUUUUCUUAGUGAUUUUCAUGGUAGAGAAGCAGUUUUUUGAACCAAGUUUCAAAGUUCACAACGAGGGGGAGAUGUUGAGAAUUGAUUGAAAUUACGAAUUUUGAAGGAUUUGAGUUUGUAGUUGGAAUUGAUUACGGCUAAUUUUUGUAAGGGUCUUUUGAAACUAGAGAUUUCGAAAAACGGAAGUUUAAGGGCACUUCUUGAGCUUAUGAAAUUCAAUUUAAAGCCAUUUUUUCGCUUGUUUUCAAUUUUUUAUAACUUGCUUUUAUUCAUUUUUUGUUUCUGAAUGUUAAAAAAAUGGUUUUUAAAGUCAGCAAAGACUCUGAAAAUAACUUUUUUUAACAUUCUAACACUGAUUAAAUUUGUAUCCAUUUUUUUGGUCGCGUUUAUCCACUUUGAGUUAUUUCUCGCAGUUUUUUUAAACGAGAAGGAAAAACUGGAUUGAAAGCCGUUUUUUCCCCCGUUUUUCUCUCUCAAUCCAAAAAAAGAACAUGACGAAAAAAAAAGGAGAAUUUUGCCCUGAGGGGAAUUCUUUUCUUUCCCAUUUACUUUGACAGAAAAAAAAGAGAAAAAAAUGGAGGCUAAAUCCUCGAAAAAUUGUGCCAAUGUAGAGAGAUUUCCACGGAGAAAAUCGGCUUUCGUUCGUCUUUUUUUCUCCAAUUUUGGUUCCUUUUAAAGGAGGUUGAACCUUUCUCCGGAACGGAUCGGCGUUUUUUUAUGUGGCUUUUUUGAGGUGAUCGUUAAUUAAUAUUAGAAUGAUCGUUAAUUAAUAUAAGUUUAGAAAAAUUAGUUUGUCAAGGUAUUUUGAGCCUUGGAAAAUAAUUGUCAGUUUCUCGUGUUUUUUUAUAGUUUCAAAACUUGAUAUUACUUGAAAGAAGGAAACUAUAUUCAAACGAUUAUUGAAUUUAUUUAGUUCCAGGUUAAUUUUCAGUUAUUUUUUUACUUGAAAAAAAGUUAUUUUCAACUGUUUUUUUCUGUCUGAUCUACCUGAACUUAAUUAUAAAAAAAACUCAAAAAUUAGAGAAAAAAAAAUAAAUUUUUUUCGGAUUUUCAAGCUUUUUUCUGUCCAAUUUGGUCGCCGUGUGUUUCUUCCAACGUGUCAAUCUGUUCUUAAAAACCGAAAAGGGAGAAAAAAAGGACACGGACAAAGGCGCAGAAAAAAGAUUCGGAGACUGCCGACCCAAAAAAAAGAGGAGAAGAAGAAGAGAGAUUGAAGAAACACUGGUCAUUUCCAUUGAGAUCUUUUUCUUCCUCCCCCCUUCUUUUUUUCCAUCGCUUCGGGCGGCCGUUUGAGGAAUAGGGCAGUUGUCCCUUGAGAUGUUUCUUUCACUUUUCUCCCCUUUUUUCUUCUCCUUUUUUUUGGCCACCGGCGAUGGACACGGAUGGUAAUUAAUCCCGAAAUGGGUUGGGAACCGUUUUUUUUCCGAAUUGAAUUCGGUGGAAUUGAGUGAAAUGGAAUGGAAAGGAACCGUGGAAGAGCAAUUUAAGUUAAAAGGACAAAAAAAAACAUUUUGGGUCAACUUUUGUUGAAAAGUAUGAGGAAAGGUCAAAGUAUAGUAGAAAAAAAAAUGUGGGUCUGUUUUUUUUUUCGUGAAAAGGAUAUCGAAAAACUUGUCAGAAAUUUGAAUAAAAGUUUUUCAUUUCUGGUAUUCGUAUGGAAGAAGAGAAAUACAUAUCUAUCGGAAAUUCGGAAAUGUUUGAUUCUUCUGAAAUUUUAUUAAAUAGCUAAUUUUUGGAAAAAAAUUUCAAAAAAAGUUGAUCUUCAUUUUCUGUAGGUUUAAAAGGCGCAUAGACAGAUCCCAUAAGGAUUUCAAGGCGAAGAGCCAUUUUUCAAGUCAUUUCUGAUUUUUCUUUCAAGCUCCCAAAAAGGAUUUCUGAACGGGAAUUGAACAAAGGAAUCGACGCGUUCGAAGCCAUUUUCGGCAUAUUCCGGAAGAACAUUUGUCCGAUAUUCUUCUCUAUUGGAUUUUCUCCUUUCUCUCCUUUCAACGGCUCACUUUUGACGUCGGGAAGAGAAAGAGAAAAAAUGUUGCAUUCUUCAGCUUUUUUGGGAGAAAGAAGGGGGUAAAUGAAAUGGCUGGAGGCCUUUUUCGAAGGGAAUUUGGUUCGAGAGGGAUGUGUGCGGGAAAUUUUCUUUGGAGUUUCUAUGAGAAGAUAGAAGAAAAGUCCAGGAACUGGUAGGGAAAUCUCUGAGUUUCGAUCUUUCGAAACUUGAACAUGCCUUGUUUAUUUAAAAAACUUAAUUAAACCGAAUUUCUAUUGACCUUUCGUUUCCAAGGUUUCGAAAUUUCGAAAAGUUGGGUUCAGGAUAAAAAAAUCAUUUGUUAUGAGGUAUUCUUUGAAAAAAAUUUGCAAGAAACAUGGGAAGAAGUUGAUAAAUAUUGAAUUUUCAAAGCUGAAAAUCAAGUUUUUUUAAAAUUUUUGUUUCAUUUUUCGAUCAUUUUGAUAUCUCAUUUAAAAACCGUUACCUUUCAUAAACCUAUUAAAUAUAUAAUUCAUAAAAGUUUAUUGCAAAAGAAAGAUCGUUUUUUUUUUUCAGCAAAUAACGCGGAGUUCAAGAAAACAAUCUUUUCGACAAAUAUGCCAAAAGUUUGUAAUAUAAUCGGUUCACAAGAAGCUCAUAUCUUGUGUGAGAAAAAAUACUCAUUUCAAAAAAGGCACUAUACUUUUUUCCCAUGGUCGCAAGUGAAAUGGUUCUAAAAUGACUUUCGCCCAAUGGCAUAGAAGAAUAUCAGAGCGAACCGCAACGCUUUGAACCAUUCCAAAUGCGACCCAAAAUCCCAAACUUUUGUUUUGGUCUUCCCGUUGCCAGUAAGUCAAUAAAACCUUGGAAGACGGAACAAUAUUUUGCCUUUUCACCAAAAUUUCCAUAGAAAAAGAAAAUAGAAUUCCGGCCAAAACAUGGCAAAUUUUCACACGACGACGGGAAAUUUAUUUCAAAAGCCUAUUUUGUUUUGUCGGCUAAAAAUUGGGUUUUCCUCCCCAUUUUUUGUUUUGUUUUUUCUCUUCGAAAUGGGUGUUCCCGCGAGGAUUUUUUGAAUUUCAUGAAAAAGUGGUCUCCUUCCGAUUUUAUUUGGCCCCCUGGAUUUUCCUGUUUUGGACACUUUUUCGGAUUUUUAUGAGGGUAUUUUUUGGGAAGUUUGAAGAUUUUUGGGGUAGAAAGAAGCAAAAGAACAAUUUCUACGUGGGAAAAUUAGGAUAAACAAGAUUUUUUGUUCUGAAGGUCUUUUUGGAGCUGAAGUUCAAAUUGAUUAUUCUUUACUAGAAUCAGUUAUGAUGAGAAAUUGGAACAGCAUUUCAAAAAUUUCAAAAAGUUUUGGCGCAAAAGUUUUUCGAAAUUGAAAAAAAAAGAAUAGUUUUUUUGAGCCUUUGAUCUCGUUGAUUCCUCAAUAAAGCUUUUUUUUUCUCCCGCUUCCGACAAUUUCUUUUUCCAAUUAGGCGGCUUUUUCUGGAGCUUUACUUAAUUGAUUUCUGAGACGCUUAAUUUGGAGUCUGAGCAAAGUUUGGGGCACAGAAUGAUGUGUGUUUUUUUGAUUUCCUGUGGGGUCUUUGUCGAAAAAAGAAGGGAAAAUAAACGGUUUUCGGAAAAAAAAAAAACUUAUUUUCUGGGCUGAGGAGGAUUUCUUGAUUUCUGCAACCUUCCAAUAAUCGAUUGAUUUAUAAUAAUUGGCAAGAUUGAAAAAAUUAUAGAAUAAUCAGAUACAAAGAAAUUUCUUGUCGUUAUGAGGCACUGAAAUUUGUUUGAAAGCCCAAAUUAUGUCAAUUUUUCGAUAGAAAAUUUGAAAUUUGCAGCUUCAAUGGACCAUUUUCAGCUCUCCCGAGGCAUCGUCGACAUCUCCUUCGUCUCCCAUCCUCGGGAAUUCUUCAACCUCGUCGAUGGCGGCCUAAAGCCGAACGAAGAGGACGACGAGAAGAAAUUCAGCCUUUUAGCCCCCAGUCGAUCGCCUCAACAGUUACUUCUUGAACAGCGGUAGCCUCCCAAAAUCCAGCUUCAUCUUCUGAGUCCCCAUUUUCAGCCUCCAAGCCUCACCUAGCGUCCCGGAGACGUCGACGGCCCUGGCGACGUCUGAAGAGUCGGAGAUGACGUCACAGCCGCUCCCGCUACCCAAUCCACAGCUUCUGACCGCCGUCCAGCAGCAGCACCUCAACAACGUCUUCACGGCGAUGCUCGCCGCCCAGAACGCCUUGGUGCCGUCGAGCACGGCGUCGAAUCUUCUGACGACGUCCGCGCCGACCCCUGCCCCUACCUCGUCUCUCCUGCCGCCUCAGCUCGCCGCCUCGCCGACUUUCGUCCCGAGUUCGGAGAUCAUGUCCUGUCGGCUGUGCAACACCAACGUCAGCUGCAAGAAGUACGGGAUUUCAAAAGUUCAAAAAGAUUCAGAUCUUCGUCAGAGUCGUUUUUUUAAAAUAUUCAUAUUCCUUACUUAAAAAGCUCCAAUCUGGCUUCCGGAUUUUCAAGAUCAGGAUUUUCAAUUUCAGAGUUAAAAAUCCGACUUUUUUUUUCAAAAGCAUGGUGUUUCGAUAUCAGAAUCUCAAGUGUAACAUCCUUAUUCGAAGAUCACAAUUUUUGAAUUUAGAAUCUCGAAUUUGACGUCCCACUGCCUAAAGUAUCACAUGACGUCGUCGUUGUGGCAAUGCCCAGAAGAAGGAUGUCCAUUUGCAGAUUCGGACUACAACAAGGUGGAAUUGAAAAUCUCUGAGUAACUAUAUAAACGUCCCCAUUUUACAGACGAAAACGCACAUGAGGACAAGUCACGGGUCGGAAGGUACUCCCAAAGACAACCGGACCAAGGAAACGACUUUGACGACCCAGAUUUUGUUGACUCAGUGCUUCCCCAACAUUAAUUGGGUGUGUAAAAAAAAGAUUUUUUAGGGGAAAAUUUAGGAAAUGAAUUUUGAGUUGGUUGAGCUUUGAGAGAUUCUGAUGGAAAAUUAAGGGAAAAAAAAGGAGAAAAUUAAGGUUAUAUUUACGACUCCUGUAGCUUUAUUGUUAAAUGUUAAAAUCACGAUCUGAAAAUUUGAAAAAUGAGUUUUAAUUUAGUUGAACUUGGAUGGACUGAUUUUCAGAUGAAGAUUUGGGUGAAAAAAUGAAAAAAUUUAAAGUUUUUUUUCCAUUCUUCUAGCUUUAUUUUAACAGAAUUUAACAGGAAAAAAAAAAUUUCAAGAGGGGUUUUUCACCUGAAAAUUGAAUGAUAGAGCGAGGGCUCUAUAGGAAAUUUUUAAAAACCACUUUUAUGAUGAUAAUUUUUGCAAAAGUCGUUGAUUUUUCAUCGAUAGUUUCUAAAGGAUCACAGUAAGUUGUGAUUAAAAGACAAAAAUUUUCUGAGAAAAAUAAUAAAAAGUUGAAAAAUUAAAAUCUUCAUUUUUUUAGGUCCAAAACUACUCGCCAGAAACAGCCGAGAAUAAAUUUGCCGGUGAAGAAAAUUCCCUGGUCAAUUGGGCAUCUUUUAUUCCGCCACAGAGCGAAUUUACCAACAUAGAAUGCGCCGCCUGUAAUUUGAAGGUUUCAAAAAAAUCGAAAAAACAAGAAAAAGUUGAAUUUUCAAGGUUUCACUGAACAAAAGAAGCGUUGAGGAACACAUAAAUAUGCUUCAUGUGUAUGAGAGGCCGUAUCAGUGCGGAUUGUGCACUUAUGCCAAUGUUGAGGAGGUUUUAAAAUAAUAUUUCGUGAGAAAUAGAUGAAAAAGUAUGAUUUCAGUGGAAAGUUCGCAUGCACGCGACUCUGAAGCAUCCCGAAACGCCUUUUGUCAACUUUUUGAGACCCCAAUCUUCUUUGAAACCGCAUUUGUUCAUUGCCGAGCUGUUUCCCGAACUUAAAGGUUCUUUUUUGGAUUUAUUCUGUUUUUUAAUUUCAAGUGUACUGAUUGCAUAGGAAAGUUGUGCAAAGUUUAAAAAUCGAGAUUUUUCGAAACUUUUUCAGAGGAAUAGAAAAACGAAAUCGUAAAAUUUUUUUAAGAAUGGAGGAAGAUUUUUUUGAGUUUUAUCAUGAAAGACAAGACAAAAAAACGGCUAUUUUGAAAUUGUUGCUCAAAUAAGGAUGUAAAGAAAGGAAGAGCUGGAAAAAAAGAAAAAAAAAUUUUUUUCCAGCUUUCCUUCCCGAAGACGAGAUCGACAAGGCCGUCCGCACCUUCAACACGCCCGUCUCCACGGCCCUCGCCUUCUUGAGAUCCUCGGCGACGCCCGACAGCGCCGUCUCCAACCCCGAACACGCCGCUCAGCUCGACGGCGCUGAACAACCCGAGCCGCCCGUCGAGAUCAAACCGAUCGACGUCGUCUCCUUGUCGGCGCCGUCCAUGGCCUCGUCGCCGAUCGACGUCGUCGGCGGCGCCGCCACGCCCCCCAUGACCCACGAGCCGACCCCGCCGACCUUGACGGCCGAGGUUUUCACUGGGGUACGUUUCGAGAUGAUACAAAAGGAAAAUUUCUGAAUUUCCCAAGAUCUUCUUGUAUUUUCCAUGUUGUUAGGCAACAGAGGGGCAUGGAAGAUUGUUGAAUAUGUGAAUUGAUAGUGAUCAAAUAAUAGAUCACGUGAGAGAUAUCCCAACUAAGAGUAUAAAAGAAGUCGGGAACUCAGAUCAUCAUCACUCAUACCGCGUCGCUUCAAGCCUCGGACUGACGACUUCUCGCCUCUCCUCAACUUCAUCUUUUUACCACACCUAGUUAAUAAAACUAUUGUGGGGUACUCUUCUUUCUGAUAACGCACAAGAUACAUUAAAGUGGCGAUCAGGAUGAGAUGACCGCUCCUAAAGAUUUUCGGUCCGAAGGAAACUUUAAUGUAUCUUGUGCGUUAUCAGAAAGAAGAGUACCCCACAAUAGUUUUAUUAACUAGGUGUGGUAAAAAGAUGAAGUUGAGGAGAGGCGAGAAGUCGUCAGUCCGAGGCUUGAAGCGACGGCGAGGCUGGAGGCGAAACGGGGGCGGUACGAGUGAUGAUGAUCUGAGUUCCCGACUUCUUUUAUACUCUUAGUUGGGAUAUCUCUCACGUGAUCUAUUAUUUGAUCACUAUCAAUUCACAUAUUCAACAAAGAUGAAGUUCAGAAAAGUUAAGAAAGAAGUUUAUGACUUUUUAACAUUUUUCUCUCGAUUCUUUGAGUUUUACUGAGUCGUAUAAAAAAGUUCAGAUCGUGGUAUUUAUGAAAAAAGUCAGAAUCCGUCGAAAAGUUUUCUAGCGACAUGAAAGAAUCGAAAAAGUCGAAAUUACAAAGUACAUAUCGAAUGAUACGAACGGCAUGAAUUUGAUGUUUUGAAACGUUAAAAACUCUAUGAUGUGAGAAAAAAAAAAUGAAAGAUUAAUUUGAAAAAAAAUCUACUAGAAAAAUAAAUUGAUAGAUAUUUAGUUUAGUUCUUGGAGUUUAAAAUGAAGAAAAUUCUUUGUAAGAAGUGUUCUUGAUGAAGUAGAACCUUAAGGGCGUAAGAUUUAAAAAACUUGAUGAAAGAAUAUUUUUUUAAAUUAGGGUUUUUUAAAUUUAGUUAUUAUCAAACUUGAAUUCAUCCGAUACCAUUAAAAUAUCAUUUCAAAGUUAUAAAAAAAAAUUUUUGAACGAAAUCAUGAUAUCUUUGAUAUUCUUUCAGAAUGGCAACUCGUUGGAAAACCUGAAGCCAGCCACAGAUUUGCCAGCGGCCGAAAUGGAGAAAUUCAUUGCUACUCUUUUGGUUAUCUCUCAUUUUCCCCCUUUUUUUAAAUAAUCAUUUUUAGGCGGUUCAAUCGAGCUUGCCUCCUUCCAACGCGACGUCGCUCAAUUCUGGAGUUAUCCUCCAUCCGCCGAUGAAAAAGCGAAGAACACGGCAGAAUGAUGACGUCGAGAGGGUUUCCUGUGAGGUGAAUGAGUGUUGAAAAUAUUGGAAAACAGAUUUUGUAGGUUAGAAAAGUCUGAAAGACUUAAUAUUAUUGGUUUUGGUGGGUUUUGUCCAUUUUUACGUUUUUCCAUUUACGCUGCGUAAUGUUCAUGACCUCUAAGGCCAUUUGUAACGUAAAUGAGCUUGAAACGCGUACCCGUACAUUGGUAAAGCGAAACGGACGUGCUUCGUACGUUUCCUGGGCAAUUCUAGGGACCACUUAAGAGGACUGAGGCUACUAAAGUGGUCACUAGAAAUGCCCCGACACGUCCGAUUCGCUCCCCGUUCGCGUUACCAAGGUCCGAGUAAUCAUGAAUUUUUCUUUGGACGCUCAUGGAAAACGUGAAAACGGAAAGUUUCAAAAGAACUCAAAAAAAUUUUCCUUUUGAAAACGCUUCAUAAAACCGUUGUAAUUUUAUUCAUGAAGCCUUUAGCUAAUUGCGAGAUAGGUCAUUAAUACUUUGCAGUUCCUGAAAGGUGGCCAAUUUUUUUUUUGAAUGAACCAGAGGAAGUUUCUGAAACUCUCAACUUGCAAAACUUCCCAUUUUUAGGAAUAUAAGGGCUCAAAGCCCGAAAACAGCUUAUUUUGAGAACUAUUUACGGUUUUCUUCGAGCUUUUUUCUCGUAAACUUGGGAUUUAUGCAGAUAGAGACUUUCUGUAUUAUUUUCUGGUGCAUCAAGGAACAUUCUUGCCAAUUUUUACAAUCCCAGCCACGAAAUAAAAAGACCUUCCUUAUUAUAAAAAUAAAACCGAACAGUGAAAAUUCCAUUUUUCUCCCCUCAAUAAUCCUCACCUUUCAGGUCUGCCAGAACAAGGUGGAUUCGAAGCGGACGACGCUGAUCAGCCACGCCAAAACCCACUGCCAACAACGCCAAUGGCAGUGCCCGUUCUGCGAAAGCAGCGCCUCGUUCCAUUCCAAACUCAAGUUGCACAUCGCCAACGCCCACAAGAACGACGCAGAGCCUCUCGAUCUGUAGUGAGUUUGGUCGGAAAAAGGGAUUGUGAGCAAAAGAGUGGUGUAUUUUUGACAUAAUCGGCUUGCUUUAGUUGUUAUUUUGAUACUGACUUUAAAAAAUUCAGAAAUAUUUAUUUCUAGAGUAAGGACGUCGAAAGAACAUCAAUUAAAUUCGACUUUCAAGAUUAUAAAAAAAUAGGAAUCAUGAAAAAAAUGAGCAUGGGUGGUUUAUUUUUUUGACAUAGGGUUUGGUUGUAUUUUGAUCCCGGUUUUGAAAAAAAAAAAAGUUGUAGUGAGUUUGUUCAGGAAAAGAUCAUUUGAAAGUCAAAAAUGCUGUGAAUACGAGAAAGAUGUAUUUUUGGAAUAAGUGGGUGUUUUGAUUGUUAUUUUGGUCUCAAAUUUAAAAGGAAAUGAUUUUUUAUAUUCGGGAGAUCAAAAGAAGAGUUUGAAUGUUGAAUCCGAUACUUUGAGCAGUUGUUUUUUUGAUCAUAACUUCAAAAAAUAACCUUUAAAUUUUCGUUUUCAAUUUUAAUAAGUGAGAAGAGCUUGAGUAUUCAACUGUUGCUUUGAGCUAUUUCUAGUGUGUCAGUUUUGAAUUUCUAAUGAGUUUUGUCGAAAAGGGAUAAUUUGAAAGAAUUUCAGCUCACCGGAGCUCGAAAAUCAAUGGCUGGUGAUGUUCCGGACGUGCUUCCCGACAUACGCCGAGCAGUGCUUCAAGGAGGACUGGAAGUUCCGGUCGAAGCAGCAACAGAGCUCCGGUCUCGACGAUUCCUCCGUUGUCUACAUGAACUCGGUGGCUAAUGGUGGGUUUCGGGGUAGAAUUCCGUUUUUCUCGGCUUGAAAUGGUACAGUGUGGCAGCCGGUUUAAAAUCUAUCACAUUAGAAAAUUCCUUCUGGGGAAACAAAUUAGCUGGACCUCGGUAAUUUUAACCGUAAGCGUUCCGGACGUAUCAGAGCAUUUCUAGUGACCUCUUUAGUAGCGUCAGCUCUCUUAAGUGAUCCCUAGAACUGCUGAGGUCCGAAUAUAAUUAUAUUUAUUUGCGCUUUUGAGAUUUCAGAAAAUCUUUUCAACUUUAUCUAGGGUUUUUUAACGAAUUUGAGACUUUUUAAAGAAAGCUUCACUUCAAAAAAGAGAAAAAAUAAAAAAAUUUUGACUUCAGAAGGUGCCGAAAUGCCGAAAAGAGCCCUUUUAUUGGAAGGUCUGAUCACCCCCAGCAACUCGCCUCAUCUCAAUGUUCUUCCACAAAGAAUGCCUACGGUUUGA